AUGUUGCCUAAUCUCAAUUUCUUCAUUUUUGUCAUCAUUUUAUAUAUGUCCAUCUUUUUUAAUCCUUUCAUAUCUGUUUCACUCUCUUUCUAUCUCUGUCCAUAUCUGUCUGUGUCUCUCUCCCUAUCUCUGUUCAUACCUGUCUUUCUCUAUCUAUAUCUGUUUCACCUUCUUCCUAUCUGUUCAUAUCUGUCUCACUCUCUCUCUCUCUCUCUGUUCAUAUCUGUCUCUCUCUCUCUGUUCAUAUCUGUCUCUCUAUCUCUCUUCAUAUCUGUCUCUCUGUCUAUUCAUAUCUGUCUCUAUCUCUAUCUGUUUAUAUCUGUCUCUGUUCAUACCUGUCUCUCUCUGUCUCUAUCUCUGUCCAUAUCUGUCUGUCUAUGUCUCUGUCUCUGUUCAUACCUGUCUUUCUCUCUCUCUGUACAUGUCUGUCUCACUCUCUCUCUUUUCAUAUCUGUCUCUAUCUCUAUUUGUCUUUCUCUCUCUCUCUCUCUUCAUCUCUCUGUUUAUAUCUGUCUCCCUCUCUCUAUUCAUAUCUGUCUCUCUCUAUAUCUCUAUUCAUAUUUGCCUGUCUGUCUGUCUGUCUCUCUCUCUAUUUAUCUCUCUCUUCAUAUCAGCCUCUCUUUCUCUCUCUUUAUAUCAGCCUCUCUUUUUCUUCAUAUUUUGAAUGAGUUUUAUCUCUUUCUUUUUCUUUUUUUUCCUUUUCCUAAGCUAAUAGUUUUAUCUCUUUCUUUUUUCCCUUUUCCUAAGCUAAUAGUUUUAUCUCUUUCUUUUUUCCCUUUUCCUAAGCUAAUAUUUUAUCUCUUUCUUUUUCUUUUUUUUCCUUUUCCUAAGCUAAUAGUUUUAUCUCUUUCUUUUUCAGUUUUUCUUCCUUUUCCUAAGCUAAUAGUUUUAUCUCUUUCUUUUUCCUUUUUUUCCUUUUCCUAA